CCCACCCCCCGAAAAACUCACCUAAUAAUUUCUUGAUUCCUAUUUAGACGAGCUAGUCGAGCAGCUAUUGUGCAUUGCAUAAUCUCAAAUCUACCCGUUUUCCAUUAAUACCCCUUACCAUAAUCGAAGCCAUCGACUAUGGCCCUGCAUCCAUCAGCCUUGCUCGAACCACUAGGUUUGACAGCGUCGUUCAGUAUUCUGAUAGCUACAUGGAUUGCAUGGAAAUUCUGGGUGUUCACAGCUAGGCCAUUCCUGUAUCCCAGUGAGGUAUCUGUCCUGCCUUAUCAUAUUCCAUGUAAGUUUAUUGGGCAUGCCGUUUCCAUGUUCAAAGACACGGUCGGCCUCUACCGCUAUGCUGAGGCCUACUUCGGCUAUAGCCGUGAGCCUUACUCUCUUUGUGUAGCAGGUCAGCAACUGAUCGUCGUGACGAAUCCUAAGCACCAGGAAGAGAUAUUCAAGAAUAAUGAUCACUACAGCUUUGAUCCUUUUAUUAACGUUGUCUAUCAUAAUGUUGGAAAGGUUUCGACUGCAGAUUUAAACAUACUUUGGCGCAAGUCUAGUGAAGGGUUCGUGUCACUAUACCCCAACCCCAAACAGAAAGUACUUGUACAUACUGGCUUGGACCUCCUCCAUAAGCAAGUUCUCUCGCCUAUUCCUUUCCAAGAACUAGUACUCAAGGUUGGGGGGUUGCUAGAGCAGUAUUCUCGAUGGGAGUCCUUCACGAAAUCGGCUGUAAUCCAUCAUGCGGCAGAUAGUAUCACAAAAGUUGUGAGCUUGCAUCGCUGGUGUCGCGAUAUCACCAUCGGAGCUCAGACAGACAGCUUCUUUGGUCCACUUUUUGCUGAGCUGCAACCUGAUUAUACCGAGAGUUAUGACCAAUGGGAUAUCAACUCAUGGAUGGCUACAUACCAAUACCCGAAUUUUAUGGCUAAGGCAGCAUAUGAGCCGCGUGAGAGACUAAUCAAAACACUCGUGGCGUAUCUUGAUGCCCCAAAGGAGAAGCGGACGGGCUGCGUGGCAUACGUGAAUGAAGUAGCAGACGAGAUGAGGCACGCGGGUCUUGGAACAGAGGCUUGUGCACGUGUCUUAAUGAUUAUCCUUUGGGGAGUCAAUUCCAACGUCCAGAUGACAAGUUUCUGGUCGAUGGUUCAUAUUGUGUCAGACGCCUCGCUCCUAUCGGCCAUCCGUAAUGAGAUUUCGCCAUUGAUGAGUUUGGCUGAAAGGGAGAACGAUCUCGAAUCCUUGAGAUUAGGCUUAAUGCGGUCAUGUCCUCUGCUGAACUCACUUUUCAACGAAAUUAUCCGUUUCUAUAACACCGGUUCCUCCAUGCGCGAGACGGUCUGUGCUACACGCAUAGCUAAUAAGACAAUCCCCAAGGGCACUAGAAUCUUUCUCCCUCAGCGUCAUUUGCUUCUAGACCCGGAAGCAUUUGGAGAGGAUGCCCACACCGUCAACCCUUAUCGCUUCGUUCAGAAUAAAAGUCUCGAGAAGCAUGGGUACUAUCGCCCAUUCGGCCACGGAAUUACUCAGUGUACUGGUAAGAUGAUAGGGCGUUUCGAAGUGCUGUGUUUUGUGGCCUGGGCAGUAUGGAGGUAUGAGUUCGUAGUGUUGUCUGGAACUUCAAAGGCCACCAAGAGCAAACAAGGCAUACAGAUACCAAGGAUUGACUUGAAGAAGCCUAGUUUGGGUAUGAGUAAGCAGGUCGAAGGCGAUGAUUUGGUUUUACAGAUCUGGAAACGAAUAGGUGUGUAAGCUAUCUGAUGGUAUACGUAUGCCUUGUUCCAACAAUAUACUCUACCAAUUUGGCUUACUACGUGAGAGGAUCGACUCUCCGGUGGGUUGUCACCAAUCUUUUUGACUAAGAGGCCAGAGUGAUUGGUGUAACAAAGACAGAUAACUGGGCUCGUGAUUGAAGCGAUUCGUAACAUACUAAUCUGCCAGGACUGCCAGUUUCCCUAGCUAUUUGAGUCCUUCUUAGCUACUGGAGCUUGAAUUUAACUGUUAGUAUAAUUGAGCCGCCAAUCUUGAUUGUUUAAGUCUAAAUGAUUUAUUUAAUAAAGUAAGUUUUAUAUAAUCUCACUUUCAAUACGGC